CCGCUUUUGCUGCCUCCCUUCCUGGAUACAACAGUGUCCAAGGCAUGGCAACCACCAUGUUCAUGUUCUCUUCCUGCCGCUUCAAUUAUUGAUGCCAUAUCUUCUUUUUCCCUUCAUAUGUUAUAUUACCCAGAGAGAGCUUGCUGAACUAAGACACACCACCAUGAACAAGCAGCUCUGUGCGUUGGUUUUCUGUGUUCUCGUGUUGGCUCUUCAUCUCCCUCGCGAGGCACCGGUAGAUAUGUCUGCCUCUGAAGAGCAGAGUCCAGGCAGGAAGCUACUGAAGGAGUCAGGUCUCUCGGCAGCAAACACCGAGGUGAUUCAGAGGAUGAAGGAACAAAAGCACGGAGAUGAGGAAGAGGAAGGCCACAUCUACAACGCGGAUUACAGUCUAGUGGCUACUCAUCCUCCUCCACUCCCCAAGCGUCAUCCUAAGCCAUAGUCUUAGGUCGAUCAACGUACCAAAAUGGUCUUACUUUUUAUGCUUGUAGAAUGCAACUCCGCUGAAGUAUGUUUUGCUAUGUUCUCGUUUCAUGAAAGUUCUUGUUCUUCACCACAAGAUAUCGACAUAUUUGACCUACUGGGGGAUCUACAUGCCGAAUCCCAAUUGCCUCAAGAUAUGAUCAUAUCACAAUGCGCAUCUACAGACACAGCAUAUCAAAAUGCGCUUGUGAAAUCCA